UAAGUAAAAAUAUUGAGAUAAGGGCAGAGUAGUCGAGUACCUCUCGUUGUCUCCUCCGCUCCUUGCCUCCUUGCGCCGCCGCCAAGACGAGUCGCGGCUGAACAGGGGAGGGCCGGGCGGCGAUCUCCAUCGCAGCGGAGGGGAGGGGAUCCUGGUGCGUCCUCUUUCUGAUUCCUCUCUCUCUCUCUCUCUCCCACCCCACCGGGACUGGAAUUUGCUUGCGCUUCUCUUCUAGAUCUUCUCCUCCUCCUUAAUUUGAUAGCCUUAAACCUCUCUUAAAUAAUUCAAGGAAUAACAGUUUGUUUGUUCACCCAAAAGUUUGGGGGUUCAACUGAACCCCCAUGUCCCAAGUUGGAUCCGCCCCUGAUUUUUGGGAAGCCUUUGCAAUUGGAACACAGAAGGGGGUUCUGUCCCAAAACCAACUUCUGGCCAGUUUGAUCAAGCAAUACCACAUCGAGGCAGUACCCUUCAGAAAGAAUUAGCUUGUAACCCUUAUCUGCCCACCAUUGUGCCGUCAGUGGGGCACCAUGACUGUUCACCCGGCCUAUCUGACAAUUCUAUGUCUAAGGAAGAUGCUAUGUCAACUGGUGAUUCAACGGAAAGCCUUGAUAUUGAUUGCCUUGAUGAUGGGGACUCCGAAGUGGUAUCUUCCUUGCAACAUUUGGCAGAUGAUAAGCUUCAUAUUUCUGACAACAGGGAUGUUGCAGGUGUGGCAUCCAAAUGGACGAAGCAUGGUUGUAAUUCAGUAGAAAUUGAUUAUAUCGUCGACAUUGACAACAACCAUGAGGAUCCACAGCUGUGUGCAACUCUUGCUUUUGACAUUUACAAGCACUUGCGAGUGGCUGAGACCAAGAAAAGGCCUUCAACAGAUUUUGUGGAAACCAUUCAGAAGAACAUUGACACAAGCAUGAGGGCAGUGUUAAUAGACUGGCUUGUGGAAGUCACAGAAGAAUAUCGGCUUGUACCUGAAACCUUAUACCUCACAGUCAAUUACAUUGACCGGUAUCUCUCGAGCAAGGUGAUCAAUCGGCGGAAAAUGCAAUUACUUGGUGUCGCUUGCCUGCUUAUAGCUUCUAAGUAUGAAGAGAUAUGCCCACCCCAAGUAGAAGAGCUCUGCUAUAUUUCUGACAAUACAUACACUAAGGAUGAGGUUUUGAAAAUGGAAGCUUCUGUCCUGAAAUACUUGAAGUUUGAGAUGACUGCACCUACAACAAAAUGCUUUUUGAGGAGAUUUCUACGAGCUGCUCAAGUAUGCCAUGAGGCUCCAGUUUUGCAUCUUGAGUUCCUAGCUAAUUACAUUGCGGAGCUAUCACUUCUGGAGUACAGCUUAAUUUGCUAUGUACCGUCACUUAUAGCUGCGUCUUCUAUUUUCUUGGCGAAGUUUAUCCUUAAGCCAACAGAGAAUCCUUGGAAUUCAACACUUUCAUUCUACACACAAUACAAACCAUCCGACCUAUGCAAUUGUGCAAAAGGACUACACCGGCUUUUCUUGGUUGGCCCUGGAGGCAACCUUCGAGCAGUUAGAGAAAAAUACAGUCAACACAAGUACAAAUUCGUAGCAAAGAAGUACUCUCCACCAUCAAUUCCAGCAGAGUUUUUCGAAGAUCCAAGCAGCUACAAGCCUGAUUAACUCCAGUUACUCCCUGAAGUCUUGCAGUAGCCCCGAAUGGUAGGCUGAUUUGUACAGAUUGCUCAUGCGCAAGGCAAGCACACGCCACGCGCCCUUGUGUUAGCAGAUUGGUAGAUUGUACAUUGUAGAUGAAGUGGUAGAGCUGUACAUCAAGUUGGCCUCAUUUGUGUAUGCACGGCAAGUGCAUUUCUCUGGCGGCGGCUUGCUUACAACCACAGUGCAUAAAGCUGCUAGUCCUUUCCUACUCUAUCCAUUUUGCUUGCUCCAAGCUUGUUUGAUAUGAUUUUACCGUGUUACUGUAAACAAAAUGGAUAUGCUGGAUAAGAGAUAAAUGCCUGAGGGCAAGUGAAGUAUGAAUAUAUUUGUCCUUCUCAGUGGGAUGAACUUGACUGUAGCUAUUCCUUUGACCUGAA